AUGAGCUUUUCCUUGAAGGAAAUAUAUGGAGAUUUGUUUUCCGCAGGGGAGGAUUACUCAAUGGCUCACUGUGUCGCCGCAGACCUCAGAAUGGGGAAAGGCAUCGCAGUAAAAUUUCGGAGUAAAUUUGGAAGUAUUUCACUUUUACAAAAACAAAACGUUAAACCAGGAGGAGUGGCCAUUUUACCUCAUAAUUCAAGAUAUAUUUACAAUUUAGUUACUAAGGAAACCAGCUGGGGAAAACCGACAUAUCAAUUAUUACACAGCUCAUUAGUAUCUAUGAGAAAUCACAUGAUCGAGCACGACGUGACUAAACUGGCAAUGCCAAGGAUUGGCUGUGGAUUGGAUGGAUUGACGUGGCACAAAGUUAAAGAUUUAAUUGAAGAGGUAUUUUCCAAUGAUCCCGUAAGCAUCGUAAUUUUCAAUUAUUCACCUACAUCAAUUUCUAAAUAA